AUGAAAUCAAUGAAAUUACUUACAUCAGAUAGGACUAUUGUAGGCAUAGCAAUUCUUCACAAAGAAUGUAAUCAAUUUCAUAAAUCAGCACCACCUAUAAAUCAAGAAUCAGUACUAUCUAUAAAUCAAGAAUCAUCAUCACUAUCUAUUAAUACCGAUUUUAUAGCCAAAGAAUCUUUAUCUGAUAAUAAUUUGGUUAAACCAUUAAUAAUUGUAGGAUAUACUUUUACUGAAUGGUGUGAUGCUGAACAAUAUAUCAAUGCUUAUGCUAUUAAGCAAAGAUUUGCUACAAGACUUGCCCGUACAGAUAGAAAUUUAGGUUUAAUAGUUAGAGCAGAUAUAGUUUGCCAUCAUGCUGGCACUGCAAGUAAUAAAAGUACUGAAUUACAAACUACAAGAAGUGUUGCAACUGCAAAUCUUGAAUAUAAUCAUCUAUUAGAUUCUACAGUUGUUGUAUUUGAUCUUGGUCAUCAAAAAUUAAGCAGCCAUAAGAAGACUCAAGUUCAAGUACUUCACAAUAGUGGUAUACCAAUACCUACAAUUGUUAAUAUGUUAACUGAAGAAUAUAGUCAAUAUAUUCAUAGCAAAGAUGUAUAUAAUGUCUUAACUUGUCAAGCCCGUGAUCAUAUUAAAGGUUUAUUACAAGUUGCUGAAUUAUUAAACAAUUUACAAAAUAAAAAAGAUGGAGUUGAUGCUAUGAGAAUUACAUUUUUAAUUGCAAGUGGACUUAUUUCUAAUGAAACUAUAUUAAGCUUUUGUUGGGUACUCCAACAAUUAAAACAAGUAGUUGAUGAUAUAACUAUAAAUAAAAUUCAAACCAUUUUAACUGAUAAAGAUCUUGCUAUGCUUUCAUUUAUUCGAAAUGAGUUAUCACAUGUCAAACACCAACUUUGUAUUUGGCAUUUAGAACAAAAUAUAGUUAAAAAUUUAACUGGAAAACUUGGAAAUAGAUUUUUAGCAUUUAGUAAAGAUUUCAAAAUUACAAUGAUGCAAAAUACCGAAAAAAUGUUUAAAACAAGCUGGAAUUAUCUUUUGGUAGAGUAUCCUGAAGUAGAAAGUUAUAUGAAUGAGCAAUGGAAACCUCUUUCAUAUGCAUGGGAAUACUGUUUUACUAAUAAAAAUACUAAUUAUGGAAUAAGAACAACACAACAAUCAGAGGCUAGUAAUGCAUACUUAAAACAUUUACUUGGUUAUACAGUACCUUUUCCUGAGUUAAUAAAUGCAUUAGAUAAAUUAUCUUGUCAACAACUUCAACAUUCAGAAUAUCAACAAUAUCAUAUACGUGGAAGUACUCUUCAGCAAUGUCCUGAAUUGCUUAAAACAUUUCAACUAUUUUGUAAUUAUACAACACAAUUUUCUUUACCAUGUCAUCAUAUCAUUGCUCUUUAUCUUGCUAGUCAAAAAGAAAUAACUAUUAAUCAUAUUGGUGAACAUUGGAUAGUAAAUACAUCUGAAAAAACACAACAAAUUAUAUCAACUAUUAAUUUUAUCUCGACUGUUGAUUCUGUAUUACCUGCUUCAACUGUUGAUUUAACUAUUAACUCUGCAUCAUCUGCUGAUUCUACAUCAACUGUCGAUUUGACGAUUGAUUCUGUAUCAACUGCCAAUUUCAUAUCAUCUACAAAUUCUACAUCAACUAUUGAUUUGACUAUUAAUUCUGUAUCAACUACCAAUUUUGCAUCAACCACCAAUCUUGUAUUAACUACUACCAAUUCUGCAUCAACCACCAAUUUGAUAUCAACUAAUAAUUCUGUAUCAAUUAUUAAUAAUCAACAAGUAUCUAAAAAUACUAUUGAUUUGCUAAAAGAAGUUGAGACAAUUUGUAAUCGAGCAGAUCCUGCAACUAUAACAACCAAAGGAAGGCCAAGUAGUACUAAGCGACAAAAAACUGGUGCUAAACAUGCUAUUAAAAAAAAGAUAGAGCAGAUGGCCCUCAAUUACGCUGCCUCCACCUAUAGAAAUAGAGAAAUCCCAACUAAAGAGAACCAUCAAAGACCAUGUGAGAACGAAAAAGGGAAACCACAUGAUGACAACAGAUGGAGAAAAGAAAUCAUCUGUUACAAUUGUGGUGAGGCCAGACAUAUUACCCAGAAAUGCCUCUACUUGAGAUAUCGUGGUCAAAUGGUUGAAGUCCCGAUAUCUCAUUCCAGUAAUAGAAACCUACAAGAUCCAACCCAAGGGGACAAUAAAAGCAAAAGUAGAGAGACUUUUUCCAAAUUCACUUACGAGAACAAAGACCUGUUGGAAACGGAGAAUGCUGAAAGCCCAGCCAUUUACUUAACUGUCGUAGAAGACACCCCUACCCAGGAUCCAGGACCCUCAAAAUGUAGUAUUAAUGAAUACUUGGAGGAAUUUGCCCAAACGAAAGAAUUGAAUGACCAAUAG